AUGAACAACCAGUUUCAUUCAAGUUUAUCAACGUACACGAGACCCGAUUUGUUUCCUACUGAAGACGAUGAUGAAGAGCUUUUUGGCAUCAUGGCCGAAUGUGUUGAUUUGUUUGAACAAGGUGAAUCAUCAAGACCAUACAUACCCCGUAUGGUCGUCGACAAAGAUCGAUAUGGUGCUGACGAGCGCCUAAUGGCAGCUUACUUUAACGAAAACCCAAAGUAUUCGUUGAAGAGCUUUAGGCAACGAUUCCGUAUGUCUAGACCUAUGUUCAUGCGCAUUGUGAACGACAUAAUAUCAUACCCAUCUCGCAAUCCAAGUCAUGUGCCUUUGCAUUUUAAAAGAAUGCAAGACAAGCAGCUUGAUGCCCGAGGAAAGCCUGGUUUCAGCACCAUCCAAAAGUGUGUAUGCGCCAUCGUCAAUUGGCGUAUGGCUACAAUCCCGACUCGCUUGAGGAGUAUCUACAGAUGGGUGAAGAAACAACAAGGGAUGUAUACUUGCAUAGACCAACACCGGAGGACAUACAACGCUUGUACGCUCGACAUGAAGAGCUUUAUGGCUUCCCAGGCAUACUCGGAAGCAUUGAUUGCAUGCACUGGCCUUGGAAGAAUUGUACCAAGGCAUAACAAGUCGCCUUUAUUUAGGGAAAUUAUUGAAGAUCGUGCACCUGAUAGCUCGUUCACUGUUAAUGGUACCCACUACAAAAAAGGUUACUAUCUCGCAGACGGCAUUUAUCCCGAAUGGUCGACUUUGGUAAAGUCAUAUUCAUGCCCUCAAGGUGAGAAGCGGAAGAAAUUUAAAAAGUUUCACGAAAGUGCCCGGAAGGAUGUCAAGCGUGCCUUUGGAGGGCUUCAAAACUCAUGGCACAUUCUAACCCAACCAGGAAGAUCAAAAGCGUGA